UAACCCGGACGCGUUCGACACGCUGCACUCCUACGCCAAUACGUUCCAGAUACCGUUCGUGGCGCCUCGGUUUCCGCAAAAGGUGCGCCAGAGGUCAACGUCAAUGGACUACGCGCUCAGUAUGAUGCCGGGGUACCACCGAGGCGUCCUGGACAUCAUCAGGCACUACCGCUGGCAGGGCAUCAUCUACUUGUACGACUCCGAAGACGGCCUGCACCGGCUGCAGCAAAUGUUGCAGUCUGUCACGCCCGGUAACGGCACGCUACGUGUGCUGCACGCCCGACGGAUCUUCGGCGCCGCUGACGCGCUGGCGUUCCUGCGCUCGCUGGAGAUGCUGGACCGGUGGAGCAUAAAGCGGGUGGUGCUGGACUGCGAGGCGCACCUGGCUCAGGAAGUGAUCGUCGGCCACGUGCAGGACGUCCACCUGGGCCGCAGGAACUACCACUACCUGCUGAGCGGCCUGGUCAUGGAUGAAGAGUGGGACAGGCGGGUGCAGGAGUACGGAGCCAUAAACAUCACAGGCUUCCGUCUGGUGGACCCGGAGCGACCUCUGGUCAAGGCCCUGCUGCGCCUCUGGCAGAGCAACGCCGGCCUGGAUAAGUUACUGUCGGCCCAGACGGCGCUGAUGUACGACUCGCUGCUGGUCAUCACGGAGGCGCUGCGCCAGCUCUGGCCCGAGCUGGCCAGCUCCGUCGGCAUGGUCCAAGGCCGGGUAUUCAACUGCUCCCAGGACUUCUCGAACGUCACCGGUUACGAGCACGGAGGGAUGAUCAUGAAACAGCUGCGUAAGACUAAAAUAGAAGGCAUCACAGGCAAUAUAAGCUUUUCAGAUGAUGGGAAGAGGGAGAAUUACCGCCUGGAUGUUGUCGAGAUGUCGGUGAACAGCCGUCCAGUGAAGAUGGGCGUAUGGUCGGACUUGUACGGGUUCGAUGCCGUCGAGUUCGGACCCCGGAGGGUUCAACAGGGAGUGCGCAAGAAAAACAACACCAUCAUCAUCACUACUAUUGAAGAGCCUCCAUUUAUCAUGGUGUUAAAGGGAGAGGACGCCAUUAACAAGACGGGCAAUGACCUUCUUGUCGGCUACUGCAAAGACCUAGCCGAUAUGCUCGCCAAGCAGGUCGGCUUCACAUAUGAGAUGCGUCUGGUGAAGGACCGGCGGUACGGUGCUGUCAACGCAUCUGUUGACGGCAACUGGGACGGCAUCAUCGGGGAGCUGGUCCGGCGGGAGGCCGACAUAGCCGUGGCGCCGCUCUCCAUCAGCCUGGCCCGCGAGGAGGUCGUGUCCUUCACCAAGCCGUUCAUGACGCUCGGUAUCUCCAUCAUGAUUAAGAAGCCGAUCAAGAAGAACCCAGGCUUCUUCUCCUUCCUGAACCCGUUCAGUCGCGAGAUCUGGCUCUGCGUCGUGUUCGCCUACUUCGGCGUCAGCAUCGUGCUGUUCUUGGUGUCGCGCUUCUCGCCCUACGAGUGGCGGCUGGAGGAGACGGUGCUCGGCACCACCGUCACCAACGAGUUCACCAUCUACAACAGCCUGUGGUUCGUGCUGGGCGCGCUUCUGAAGCAGGGCAGUGACAUCAGCCCCCGCUCGAUAUCGGGCCGUCUGGUCGGCUCGUGCUGGUGGUUCUUCUGCCUGAUCCUCGUGUCGUCGUACACGGCCAAUCUGGCCGCCUUCCUGACCGUGGAGCGGCUGGUGACUCCCAUCAACUCGGUGGACGACCUGGCCGCCCAGAACGACGUCGAAUACGGCACGCUGCGCUCCGGCACCACCACCGCCUUCUUCGAGAACUCCAAACUGGGCAUCUACCAGCGCAUGUGGGACUUCAUGUCAUCCAACGAGCACGUGUUCGUCCGGUCGUACCAAGAGGGAAUCGAGAGAGUACGCAACUCAAAGGGCAAGUACGCUUUGCUGGUGGAGUCCACCACCAACGACUACGUGAACUCGCGCCAGCCGUGCGACACCAUGAAGGUCGGCAGGAACCUGGACAGCAAGGGCUACGGCGUGGCCACACCGCUUGACUCGCCCUGGAGGAAUGCUUUAAACAUGGCAGUGCUUCGCAUGAAGGACUAUGGAGAGCUCGCUAAACUGGAAAACAGAUGGUGGGUUACGAACUCGGAAUGUAAGGAAGCAGAG